UUUUAUAAACCAAAUUCAUUACUUAAAAACAUAACCAAAAAACAAAAUGCCAGAAACAGAGCUCCCUUUAAACGAAAAUGAUUCAGAAGACAUGGUUUUAUCCCAAGUUCUUGAUGAAGCCAAUACGUUGAACUCAAACCAACAACAACAAUUUCAGCAUCAUCUUAUUCAACACUCUCAACGGAUGAUGAUGUUGAUGAACCAAAACGUCGCGAAACGAAGUAAUACUAACAAGGUUGCUCCGCUUAGUGGUGGUGUAGCUAAGAGGCAUUAUAGAGGUGUGAGGCGGCGGCCUUGGGGGAAAUAUGCAGCGGAGAUUAGAGAUUCGACACGACAAGGUGCCCGGCUUUGGCUUGGGACAUUUUUAACUGCCGAGGAGGCGGCGUUGGCUUAUGAUCAGGCUGCGUUUAAGAUGAGGGGUGCUAAGGCGUUGCUCAAUUUUCCUGCACAUAUUGGAAAACAAACUGCAGGGGAAUUUCUUGGGUUGAAUAAUAAUAAUACUAACAAUACUAAGGUUAUUAGCUGUUCUAGUAGUUCUUCACAACAAGAGUUGAAAUAAUUUGUCUCUUAUUUUUAUGCAAUUUUUUUACAUUUUUAUUACGGAGUAGUAGAAAUACAUACAUAAUGUAUACAAUCAAACAUAUUGGAUUUCACUAGAUAUAAUAAAACAAUAUGUACAUAAAACAACAUUCGCCAAUCCGCCAAACUGAGCUUUGACAAAUACGGUUUGCUUUACCACAUGUAUCCCACCAUUGGAAAAAAAAAAAAACACGAUUUCACUAGAUAUAAUAAAAAAAACAUAGUUUCACUAGCUAUAGUAAUGAUUUAAUCUAUAUUUGACACUUGAUACAAUCAUGAAUGAAGAAG